UGCCCGGUGCGGUAUAUGACGACCGCAAUUUACCGCUAUUUAUUUAAUUGUGAAAGGGCCUUACUGUUUGCCACUGUUUACCAAGGCACGAACUACCGCCACUCACAACGUUUGAUAGGAUGGUGAAUGCUGAGGGAUUAAGGGCUGUGUUUAAGAAUGCUGGAAGACCGAAAGACUAUCAGAGUCAUGGAGCAAAAGUGCACUCUGUUGACUGGAACUGUGAUGGAAAGCGGCUUGCUUCGGGAUCAUUUGACAAGUCUGUGUGUGUGUUUAUACUGGACAGGGAUAGGCUGAUCAAGGAUCACACGUUUCGCGGGCACAACGACAGCGUGGACCAGCUGACUUGGCACCCGAGUCACGCCGACCAGCUGGCCACGGCCAGCGGCGACAAGACGGUCCGGCUGUGGGACGCCCGGUCUCAGAAGCUGGCCGCCACCAUCGGCACCAAAGGAGAGAACAUCAACAUCUCAUGGUCACCAAACGGCCAGACUAUCGCCGUUGGCAACAAGGAAGAUCUGGUGUCGCUCAUCGACGUCCGACAGCGGAAGAUCCUGCGCGACGAGCAGUUUCGCUUCGAGGUCAACGAGAUCUCAUGGAACCGGGAGAACAGCCUUUUUUUCAUGACGUCAGGCAGCGGGCACAUUGUGGUGCUCAGCUACCCGGAGCUGGAGCUGCAGCACGACAUCGUGGCACACCCGGCCAACUGCAUCUGCAUCGAGUUCGACCCGACCGGCCGCCACUUCGCCGUGGGCUCGGCCGACGCGCUUCUGUCGGUGUGGGACGCUAAGCAGCUCAUGUGCCACCACACCGUUUCCAGGCUGGACUGGCCGGUGAGGACGCUGAGCUUCAGCCACGACGGCGAGCUGCUGGCGGCUGCGUCCGAGGACCUGCUGAUCGACAUCAGCGCCGUUUCCAGCGGCGAGCGCGUCACCACAGUGCCCGUGCAGGCGGCCACCUACACGGUCGCUUGGCACCCCAGCCGCUACCUGCUGGCCUUUGCGUGCGACGACAAGGACGAGCGCGAGCGCGACGCCGGCACCGUCAAGCUGUGGGGCGUGCCCGAGUGAGCGUCCGCCGGCAGCCGGUGCCGAACGGACACAGCAGAUCUGCGGCUGCCGCGGUGGCGCGUCGGGUACAGGUAGUGGCACUUGUGCGCAGCAGGGAAGAAGCACGCUGAUGUGUCGGGCGGAAGUGUGUUUGUAUGGCCCCCCGUGAGAAGACAAUCACCGAGUGGCUGUGCGCCAGGUGGGGCGCGAUUUGUGUUGUGCUGGCCACGGGCGCCAUACCGGUGGUAUGGACGGUGAUCAGAUGUCGAGUUCACCGUGGCCUGCUUGUGUUUCUAGUAACGCUGCGGGCACGCCACAAAGGUGCUGCGAAUGAUCUUGUCGGCACGCAUUGACGUUACCGUGAAUGUUGCACAGUUGUGCAUGGAGGCUGCCAGGCGCUCAUCAUUUCAUACAUAAGUGCCACAGUGUUAAUCACGUAACUUAUGCAGUGAUUCACGAUGUCUUUUGUCUCAUACUUGGCUUCCAUGACCUCCGAAUCUGGAGACCAGGUGGCCGAUAUAUUCGCUGAGCACUAAAGCUAUGAUGCUCGGACAGCUGGCCAUUUAAUCCAGUAUUUUGAUCGCCGCGCCGGGCGUGCUGUUGUUCAGGGCAUUGCUUGGGUGAGCGCACGUGCUUAAGAUGGCAUACAGACAGUGAUGCAGGCAGGGGACACAUGCCCUCACCUCGAGCACCUUCUCCC